AUGGCGGAAGACUUCUCAGACUUGCUAAAUAGUGCAAUGGAUUGUAUUGGUUACUCAAAAAGAAGUAUUGUUUCAAGAGCUGAUGUUUUAAAUAGAUAUUUUGAAAUAUCUAGCAAAACAUGUUUGGAAUCUGUUGGAAUAGAGAUGUUACUUGCAGGAAGUAAAUCAGAGGGAGUGGUUCCUUUUCUCGCAAGUGACUAUGACCUAAUGCUUGUAUUUAAACGAUGUUAUAUAUGGCGACCAAGUGCCAGCUCUACCUUAUUAUUCCUCGUCAUUACGCAAGAGUGGACGGAGCGUGAAAGAAUAUUCGAAUGGCCGUCACCUGAUGUUAUACAAGAUGUUUCGACAUUGGAAGGGUAUGUUGUUCCGGUUGGACAUAAACUUAGUGAGGAGCAAAACUUUGAAUGGAGAAUAUGUUAUACGACUGCAGAACGGAAAUUGAUUUCCAGUUUAAGUGAAGUACAGCUUAAGCUGUAUGUAUUAUUGAAAAUGGUAAACGGUGACAUUAUUAAACCUAAAGUGGACUGUGUAAGCUCAUACAUAAUUAAAAAUAUUAUUUUCUGGACAGCUGAAUGGUCACCCACGUAUGUCUUUACUCCAUCUAAUCUUACACAUAUGCUGCUACAGUGUUUGCGGUUUCUAUUACAUUGUCUGUGUAAUAAUUGUCUUCCAAAUUACAUGAUUCCAAGUCGAAACCUUUUCCUGGGCAAGAUCAAAAGUGAACAGAAACCCCAGCUUAAAAGUGUUCUACAAGAACUUUUAAACGAGGGAGAGAAAAUUGUUCUUAGAUGUGACAAAUUGAGGAAUGCCAUGUAUAUAAUGCAUAAUGAUCGUUCUAUAGCAACUAGAUUUAGGUUGUGGCGAGACGAAGUUGAGGAGCUGUUUCUCAUAGUUAAUUUGAAAAUGGUCUCUAAACUGAAACCCAAUAUGGUGUUUCAGCAUAGCUUUUUAUAUGAUAUACUUUUUGAAUUUUGGAAAGACGAAUCAUAUUUGACAGAAAUAUUAAGACUGUUUAAUCUUUUAUCUGUAGAUUUUGCAACGAUGCUUACAAAAGGUACGCAAGGAAUGGAGGACGUUGGUACUUGGAUGAACAAAUUGUUGUCAUAAAAGUAUAAUCCUUAUCUGAACGAUGUUCCAGAUCAUUGGCCUUUUUCUAAAAUAAGAAAAAUGGAAAACCACAGGUCGCCAAACAUAACGUAAACAAAAAUGUUGCAGGGGACCUCCUUUGGCCUAGUUGUUAAGGUCGCUGACUUCAAAUCACUUGCCCCUCAUCGAUGUGUGAUCGAGCGCUACAAGGGGCGUUGAAUUCAUCAUGUGAGGAAGCCAUCCAGCUGGCUUACGGAAGGUCAGUGGUUCUGCCCAGGUGCGCGCUCGUGAUGACCUAGGGUCUUCCUCCACCUUCAAAGCUGAAAAGUCGAUAUAUGACCUAUAAUUGGGCCAGUGCGACGUUAAAUCCAACAAAAAAUAAAACAAACAAAAACAAAAAUGUUGCAGGCUCGGUUUAGUUUUCCCGAGGACCCAAGAAAACCCAAUUUCUUUGUUGAGUGAAAUCAUUUUCUAAAUCUAUUAUAAAUGUGCAAAUUUUGAACAGACUCUGUGUUAUUUUGAAAUAACCGUAUCAAUAUAAUAGACGAGCAGUAAUACUUUGUCAGAGCAAUUGAUUAAAAUACGCGACGAAUGAGAUUAAAAACUAACACAAAAUU